UGUUGCCACUGGUCUCCUCAGUAGCUGCUGGGGGUCUGCUGUUGGUCCUGCUGGUCUUGAUAGUGGUCUGUCUGGUCUACAAGAGAAGACAACAAACCAAGUGUCCUGGAACUCUCGUCCAAACUCAAAUGCCUCUCAGAGUCAGGAACGUUUAUGGAAGUGAUGAGGAUGAGGAUGAAGAGGAUGACUAUGAGAAUGCUGAUCCAAUGGAAACCAAGAGGAAAUUCAAAGAUGGAGCGGCGAGAAUGGAGGAAGAGGAGAUUAAUGAUUAUGAGGAUCCAGAGAGUGAUGACGAUCACGAUUAUGAGGGAGCAUGCACCCAUGCAAAUUUCAUAAAAGCCAAGGAGGACUGUUUCAGUGUCGAGGAGAGCACGGGAGAGGAAGAAGAAGAAGAAGAAGAAGAAGAAGAAGAAGAAGAAGAAGAAGAAGGAGAGGAUGAAGAAGAUGAAGAAGAAACCAGUGAUGAUGAAAACAUCUAUGAAAAUGUAAACCAGCCCUUUGAUGAACAAAGUGUGUCCAUCUAUGGAGAAGAAGAGGAUAUUUAUCAAAACUUUUGAGGUGUCCAGUGGUCAUCAGUGUCACAGUGGUUGCCAUGGAAAAAGGACUAAUUUUUUGACCCUGUGCAAUCAAUUUCACCAAAUAAAUGGAAUGUUGAAAUCUUAAAGUGGAGAUCAAACACUGAAAACUAUGUCUGCGGUUCAUUGGAUUUUUACCUUAGACAAAAUAUAGCACUGUAAUCAAACUUGCAUCUAGAUUUGCUAACAAAAAAAAAAAAAAAAAGGUAGAUUGCAUAUCAUUUCUCAUUAUCAGGGUGCAGCCAUCUUUCAACAAGCUAGUUUGUGACAUCACCAGAAUGGUAGUUUACUAGGAGCGCUGGGUACAACACUGUACUUCAGACUAGUUAAGUGUUGAUAAAAUGGAGUUAGAGAGUUUUGAUGAGACACAAAGAACCACAGACAGUUAUGCUUUUUAAGCCAACUAGACCAAAUAUAGUGGUACGACCUGUUUCCAUGGAGUUGGACAACAGCAGCUAACUUGAAAAUGAAGAGCAGCCUGAACUUGACUAAUGUUAUGUUUAAUGUCAGGUCGCAGCAGCUGACAAUCCACAAUAAAUACCAAAUAUGUGCUCUAUAACUGUUUCCAUCAAGUAGUCAGUCCACAACAACGGUGUGUGAGGCUUAUGACAUUAAAUUCACAUUAUGAUGUUGCAGCUAACAUAGCUAACAUUAGCCCAACCCAGCGGUUGUAUGAUAUGUCACCAUCAGAAGAACUGUUGGGGUGGAGUGGCACUGAGCAUGUUCCAUUUCCCAGUGCUGGUAGUUUCAGUUCAGUUUUACAUUUGCACGACCAUCCUCCUCUGACUCAUCCUUGAUGUGGAGACACCACCACCAAGAUCUUGCUGGCUUGGUAAAAUUUUUGGAAACAAAGAGCUCCCUACUCAGCAACAGAAUGGCUUAUAAUAUUAGGCCUCUCUAAGUAAGUAGUUCUGUAAGUAAUUACACACUUCAGUUCUUCCAUUAAAACAGCAAGUAAGGUGGACCCGCACCCUGUGCCUGCACCACCACCAGGACACUGGCAAUCAAAUCAAAUCAAACUUUAUUUGUAUAGCACUUUUCAUACAUUAAAAAUGCAGCACAAAGUGCUUCACAGAAUAAAAACAUACAAAAAUACUACAUACA